AUGCGGGUAAUCAAAGUGUUCGUACUGCUGAACUCGUUGACAGGUGUCACGACCCAGUCGACGACACAUUCCAAUCUCUUGCAUGAAGAAUCAGUCGCCAAACCAUCAACAUUUGAAAUCAGUAGGUCUGAAUCAAGAACUGAACGAAUUCCAGCGCAACGGAAGCAAUCAACCAGCAGUGAAUCUCUUGCCUCGAACAGCUAUACGUCAUCAACAAAGUCAUCUAAUGGCAGCACUCAACGAUCUUCACUCGCAACCUCUUCAUCUNGUGCCUCAAUCAGUAGUGACUCCACCCUAUCACUGGAACGUAUCAAUAUGAAUGCAUCAACAAACCCAGAAUCACCUUCAACUAAUCGCGAUACUACAACAGCACUGAAACAGUUAAGUGUCUCAGCAGAAACAGAAUAUGAUCACGUGAAAAAGCGAUCGAAGAAUAUUGAGAUCAGGAAACGCAGAACAGCUCCAUCGUCACCAUCGUUUGACAAUUUCUUUGUUGGAACGGAAUUCGCGAAGAUUCAUGAAAAUGAAUGGCCUAUAGUGCCGACAGAGGAUUACGUUGUGGAAAUACCGGAAUUUAUGAGUAUAGUAGCCGUGCAACCAUGGGGUAUCGUCACUUCAGUGCUUCUCAGCUGUUUUUUUCUGCUCAUCACUUGUGCCUUGGUUUCUUUUUGCAUAUUCCUUGUAGAUCUUUACAAGUAUCGGAUAAUUUUCGUCUCAAAUGAAUGA